GUGAAGAAGGGCGGCUUUCCCAGAGACUGAGGAUUCCUUGAAGACCUUACACUUGGACACAAAGCAAGGAUGCGUGAAAUCGUGCAUCUUCAGAUCGGCCAGUGUGGGAACCAGAUCGGAGCCAAGUUCUGGGAGGUGAUUGGCGAGGAGCACGGGAUCGACUCGGCCGGGGGCUACUGUGGGGACUGUGCCUUGCAGCUGGAGAGGAUCAGCGUGUACUACAACGAGGCCCACGGUAAGAAAUAUGUGCCCCGGGCGCUGCUGGUGGACCUGGAGCCCGGGACGAUGGACAGCAUCCGAUCCAACAAAUUGGGAGCUCUCUUUCAUCCCGACAGCUUCAUCUACGGUAACUCGGGGGCCGGCAACAACUGGGCCAAGGGCCACUACACGGAGGGCGCCGAGCUGGCCGAGAGUGUGCUGGACGCCGUGCGCAGCGCCAGCGAGGCCUGCGACUGCCUGCAGGGCUUCCAGCUGGUGCACUCGCUGGGCGGCGGCACGGGCGCGGGCAUGGGCACGCUGCUGCUGAGCCGCAUCCGCGAGGACUUCCCCGACCGCAUCCUGAACGCCUUCAGCGUCCUGCCCUCGCCCAAGGUGUCCGACACGGUGGUGGAGCCCUACAACGCCGUGCUGUCCCUGCAGCAGCUGGCGCAGCACGCCGACGCCUGCUUCUGCAUCGACAACGAGGCGCUCUACGACAUCUGCCUGCGCACGCUCAAGCUGGCCGCGCCCAGCUACGGCGACCUCAACCACCUGGUGUCCCUGACCGUGAGCGGCGUCACCACGUCCCUGCGCUUCCCGGGCCAGCUGAACGCCGACCUGCGCAAGCUGGCCGUGAACAUGGUGCCCUUCCCGCGCCUGCACUUCUUCACGCCCGGCUUCGCGCCGCUCACCAGCCGCGGCAGCCGGCAGUACCGCGCGCUCACCGUGGCCGAGCUCACGCAGCAGGUGUUCGACGCGCGCAACGCCAUGGCCGCCUGCGACCCGCGCCGCGGCCGCUACCUGACCGUGGCCUGCAUCUUCCGGGGCCGCAUGUCCACCAAGGAGGUGGACGAGCAGAUGCUCGGCGUGCAGACGCGGCACAGCAGCUGCUUCGUGGAGUGGAUCCCCAACAACGUCAAGGUGGCCGUCUGCGACAUCCCGCCCCCGGGGCUGAGCAUGGCUGCCACCUUCAUCGGCAACAGCACGGCCGUGCAGGGGCUGUUCGGCCGCGUGGCGGAGCACUUCUCGGCCAUGUUCCGGAGGAGGGCGUUCGUGCAUUGGUACACCAACGAAGGCAUGGACGUCGGCGAGUUUGCCGAGGCCGAGAGCAGCAUCCACGAUCUGGUGGCCGAGUACCAGCAACUGCAAGACGCCAAAGCGGUUGGGGAGGAGGACGGAGAGGUCGUGGGCGACGCAGAAGUGGAACCGGAAGAUGGGCCGCACGAACCUCGCGGGGCCGCGUGA